AUGUCCAGUGAGAUCGGGCUCCCGCGUCCUCAGGCACGUGAGGAGCGCCUUAUGCACCCUGUGGAGUUUAUCCAGCGCACUGCGCCGCGCCAGGAGGAGGUGCUGCGCAUGAACAACAUCCGCACCACGCACGGCUUGGGCGCCGCGACGGAGGUGGCGCUGACGGAGGUUACCCUGCUCGGCAGCCGCCGUCUCGGGGCUAUGGCUAGCAGUAACACCCUCUACAACGCGUACCGCGGUAACUUCACGGAGCUGACUCCCUGCGACGUCUACGGCCUACCGGAGAACGAUCCGAACGUGCAGCCGGCGCCGCGCGCGUUUGUGGAAAAGCAGUUCCACGGCCAUGAACUGACGAUGAAGACGCUUGGCCUGUAA